AUGGUGUCCAUCGCAUUUAAUAGUGAAAUGGAGACGGAUGCAUGUGAAGAACAGACGGACCAUACAGUGGGGCCCGCACAUCCUGAGGCAAGAGAGGAGAUUUCUGAGUUUGUUGAAAAGGACUCUGUGAAUGAGCUGCCACGCUGGCCUACAGAGGAGGCUGUCACUGAGAGCGAUGCAGGGGAGGGGAAAGGCCCUGUGACAGAGACACCGGCUGAUCCCGAGCAAGACGGUGGAAAUACCAAAUGCAGGAAGGAGAAAAAGCUGAAGAAAUCAAACAGCUGGAAGAUGGUACGAUUCCAAGACCCGUCAACAGAAGAACACGCGUUGGAGAGGGAUAGCACGUCGGACAUCCUGUUUCCAGAACAUGCUGUAGAGGAGUGGACCUCCACACCUUUUGAGGAGCUCUUCUUAGCAGAAGACUGGGAGAGCAUCUCAGGUGAGGAUUCAACACUUCUCAUACGAAGGCAGAAGAAAGUGCUGAAAUCGGGGGACUCAGAGGGCUCGCUCAGCACCUGGGGCCAGGAGGUGACUGUGAAGAUGCAGGGUGUCCUGGAAGAUCGCACUGUGGUGGAGAAGGACUGCAAACUCGUGUUUGUGAUUGGAGAUGGUGAUGUAAACCAGGCCCUGGAGGAGUGUGUCAUGACCAUGCACAAGGGUGAGAUCACAUUACUGCUGGCGGAUUCUCAAUAUACCUAUGGACUUUUGGGA